CAGAACUGUUGCAAAGAAGGUCGAGCUCAAAGUGCUGAGGUUGUACAGAGUCGUGUGCGACCUGUACUAGUUCUCCCUCGCGCAAAAGGGACGAAAGCUGCCCAUCGGUGCUAAUCGUAAUCGAUCGGCAAAGAGCCACCCCGUUUUGGUCUUCGGUUUUCGGCAUUGAUUUCUAAUUCAUUUGUGCGACCCCGACCUCUCCUGCCUAUUCCAGUAGACCAACAGAAAUCUUUUGCAAAAACCGUAUUACUCAAGCAUGGCGCCGCAAUCCUCAGGGUCGCGAAUGAGUUUGGGUCUCCUCGUGUCCUCGCAAAAACAUGCUGCAGAGAGAGACGAGACGAGGUGUAUAUUGAGGGACGAAUCCACCUGCCUGCAGAAAGAGAUGCCCACCAUGACAAAACGUCGGCUUCUUCUUCCCAAUUUCUACUCUUCUCCCACAACGACUCUGCUCGCGAUUGUUAGUGCGGCAAACUUGUUCUGCUCUCUUUUCCUGCCGACUUGUUCCGCUCUCAGUGUCGUGCAUACAAGAACCGGACGAGGAGAAGGUCAUGCAACAAGGAGCAGAGUCUUCACGUCGACAUCAUCAGUAAACAACAAGGGCCUUUUCAUUUCCUCUGAAGUCUCGAGCGGUAGGGAGGACCAGCGAACUGGACAAGAAUUCAACUUUGACGAACAGGACACCUCUGCGGGCCGCAGUGAUAGUACGAACACGCUUUUAAAUAAGCACAGUACCAGUUCUAAUAUCAAGUCCACGCUACUCGAUCGUUCUCUCUCUUCGAUCAACGAGAUGUUAGAGAAAAACUGGAAACGGAAAGACGUGCUCGACAAUCUGUUGCACACCCACGAGCACAAGUUCACCGAGAAAAUGCAGCAUUUGCGGAAAGAGCUGCAGAGACAGAGCUCCGCGCUGUCGCAAAUCGCGCUUGAACAGGCGGAAAGCAGGAAUAGUGUCGACGGAAGCAAGUCCGAGAUUGCGCGCCUGCGGAGAAGGUACAAGCUCGAAGUUGAGGAACAGUGCGGGAAGGAGGUGGACAGGAUCGGGAAAGAGAAAAAACGAAAAUUACUGGAGUUGAAAGAUCGGAGGGAAAUGUACGCCAAGUAUUUUGGGAAAAGAGUUAGGGGUCAAAAGAGUAACGAGACAAAAUCCUCUGCUGCUUCGUCGGAUGUCGACAGUAGUAGCACUUCUGCAGUUCUUUCUUCCGAGCCUUGUUGUCCCCCGUACGACGAGGACACUCUGGAUUUUCUGAUCGGGGAAACCGAGGACGCGCUGCAGACACACACGGAAGAGCAGGAAAGUAAAGAAAAGCAAUGCGAGAAUCAAAGAACCGACCUCAACAACCGCAUCGCGGCACUGCAGAACGAGGAGAAGCAAGUCGCAAGAAAAAUGAGCCACACGGAGCAGUUGCGGAAGAGGUACCAGGAUAUGAAAAAAGGUUUGGAAAACGAACUAGCGCAAGUGAAAAGAGACUUCAACAUCCGCACAAAGAGUCUGAAGGAGGAAAGAUCGGGCCUUGCUUCCUCCACCUGCACCUACACAGAUGUGAGAAACCAGGUCGCGCAGGAACAGACCUUUGAUUGCGAAAUGACUCCGUGGAAGCCGAAAAGUUUGUGUACGAAGCAGUGCAGAAAUGGGAAAUUGGAAAAACCGGGGAAGAUGCUGCUAACUCGGGAAAUUCUGCGAAACAGCACGCAGUACGGGAUUUCCUGUUUUGCGGACGGGAAGAACGGGAAAAAGUCGGUUUUAACCGCGACAGAGAAAGAAGUGAGCUGCAACGACGUGGCGUGUUAAGGAAAGAAAAUUUUUCAACAUGGGACGAGGGAGACACGACUCUUAUACUUUUCUUGCAGGGUGUAGGUGUUGACGUUCUCCUGGGUGACAAUUUUGAUGUCAUGACACAGAUACAGAAAAUCCACCAUGCCUGCAUGCCAAGCGAAUGACAUAGGGAAAAAUGGGCUGUACUUUACAAGUUCGCUGAAGAGAAGCAGCUUUAAUUUCUGAGAAAUCUCGUCCCGUCCUUCUCCUUUCUUUUUCCAAUACUCCCCCGGUCGAUUGCAAGCUCGGGGACUGGACGGAUUGGUCGGAUUGUAGUGCAAUUUGCGGGUUCGGGACCACCAUGCGCACCCGCGAAGUGCUCCAGACCCCGCUGCACGGCGGCAAGGUUUGUCCGGCUGUGCAGGAGCGGAAGCCCUGCAACCCGAACGGGGCGUGCGACAAGGACUGCACUGUCAGUGAAAGCUGGGAGCCACUGACUACGGAAGCGGACGGCAAAGUAGAGACCGGCUGUUCGCGGGCCUGUGGGGGUGGGGUUUUGAAGUUUGAGAAAAAGAUCAAGGAGCCCGCGAAGGGUAGCGAGGGGCAGUGCUUGAGAAAGUGGUACGAAAAAACUGAAAGCUGUAAUGAAGAAGCAUGUACUUCAACUUCUAGUACUAGUAGUGCGGAAGAAGCAGGACCCGGAGGUCCUGUUACUAGCAAUAGUAUGUAGUGAGGUCACCGAACGGUUCUAACCGGGGAGUUUUUUUGCCAUAUACCCAGAAAAACGACCGGCAGUUUUCAAGCGGGCGGAAGUGUAUUUUGACAAAAAAGAUUUCCAAUUAUCAAGCGGCUGGGGCUUUGCCAUCAAACAAGCCCGGUCGAAAACUGUCGAUUCGUACUUGAUAAAACGACGCAGGGGAGCCGGCAAAAGGGGCGCCCUUCUGAGGCGCCCGCCGCCUUGGUUUCUGGCGAUUUGGGGCGCCCAAAAAGGGGCGCGCAAAAAACGCGCCCAAAAUCAGAACAGCGAAACAAUAUGGCACGGCCGCGAUUUCGGAGCAUUUUGGGCGUCCGCGAAAGCGGCCGCCUUUUCGCCGGUUUCAGAGCCUGGGAAGCUUUGCAAAAAGCGCCGGCGUGAAAAAUAAAAACGCGAAAAAGAAAAAGCGCCCCAGACGCGCAAAGCCAAUCCGCAUGCUAUGGGCCCGAUUUUUCUUCGCUUUUUGGGCGCCCCCCGUGGCACCCGGAUCGGCCCCAUAGCAUGGGGGCUCGCCUGCGGAAACGAAUUUCUGGAAUUUGCGAAAAUUUGCGACGUUUAUCGAGCGGCCGCCAUACCGUGCGGCCUAACGUUACUCACGGCGGUAUGGCGAGCCAAGAAAAAGCGAAGCCGCGGCCAAAGCGAUGGCCGGCAAGAAAACGCCCACGACCUCACUACCUCCGCCCCGGCGGCUAUAUUUGGCACGCGAGCAACUACCUCCUCCCCCGUCCAGUUCCAAUGCGGCGCGCGCAACGUGGUCUUAAUCGUGGACCAAUCUGGCUCCAUGAACGACACGGAAGUAAGUUCUUUCCGGAACCAAUUUCGCCAUAGCAUGAUGAAACAAAUCUCCGACUACACGGACCACGUCCGUUUUGCGGAGCUGGCGUUUGGGAACACAGCUGCUUCCCUCCCCGAGCCGAAAGUGAAGAAGAGCAUUGAAAAAGCGCAGCGGGAUUUAGUCACUGAAUACACGGCGGAUAACGGCGGCGCGUCUCUGGCGACUUCUGGGGUGGACGGAAACUUUUUACAACUGCAAGAACACCGAGCUGCGGAUGAAAUGUUGGCCGAUCAGGAGAGGAACAGCUUGUCCUCUUCCCUCGCCUCAUCUGCUACUGGAAGUAAAACUUCGUCUUCAAGAACUCCCAAGAUGAAUCUUGGCUUUGGCACCCACGUGGCUUCGGCGCUGAAGAAAGCCCGGGACUUGUUCCAGGAGAUUCAUUCCAGUCGGAAAGCCGGCCGGAAACUGCGCGAAGCAGAAUUAGCCAAGGUGCCCGGGGGCGUGGUCUUGGCGAACCGGGUGAAAGUGAAUUUGAAACUGAACCAACCGGAGGGCAGCGACGUCAUUGUGGUUUUCAGCGAUUGUAAAUGGUCGAGGAAACACCUUAUCCACGAAGAAAUGAAAAAGUUCGCCACGCCGAGUGCGAAUGGAGAGAGAACAAAGACGACCCAAGUUCUGCUCGUGCUCGGUGGUGGAAACGGGUCCUCUGGGGAGAAAGUUGACACGGCGAAAAAUGAGAUUCUGGAAGAGGAGUACGUCCCGAGCCAGCACGUGUUCGCAGCCACACCGGAGGCGCUGAGCGGGAAGAAUGGGGAGGAGCAGCUGGACCUCUUCACGAACAUCUUGUCAGGAAUUUGUCCGAAAGUUCUGGCAAUGAAUGCUGCAGCGGGGGGGACUACAGGGUCUGUAGGAUCAUCUUCUACCUCCACGGGCGGACCUUCCGCUGCAUUCAUGCUUCACGGUAAAACUACCGCCGACAACAGUUAUCUACCAGAACCACAUCUUCAACCACCUAGAACUACAUACACCACGAAGCAGCGCGAAAACACGAUAAAUACGGCAUUGGAGGGGACAGCGGAAAGCUCGCGGUCGGUCAUGUCCGAUGUGCGAAGAGCGAUUCGGGAAAUGGAACAUUUGUGAUUCAAGUAGUAGAAGUGGUAGCCGCAGAAGUAGUAAUUCUACAAAGGCAGGAUUGCUUCUCCAAUCGAAUUUGAAUGCCCGCGUUUCCAUACAUAUGUUUCGAAAUUGUUGUACGGUGCCUAGCGUUUCGAUAACGUGUAGAUGGCUCAAAUUUUCUUUUCCAACCAGAGCCUCCUCGAGACUCAGUGAGUUUUGCUUUGUCGUUGGUAUGCAUUACCUCCUGGCAAAGUCGCUGAUCAACGAGAAUCAGAACUAGACGAGAAGUAGUCUGACGUCUGUG